UUGUUUAUUUGCCUACAACAUGAAGUGCUUUAACUUAAUGGUUCUUGCGCUGCUGCUGAUUUUGGCUCAAACGGACGGAUAUAGCCAUCGCCAUCCGGGCUUUGCCCAACGCUUGCAGAUCAAGCCAGGCUGCUUGCAGGUGCCUCAGAUAUACACCGAGGCUCCAACUCCAACACCCACCAUUAUCUUUUCCUCGUUGGAAGAUGUAGGGAUGGCGGACAUCAGGAGAGUCGAAACAGAUUAAACAUCUUCC